AUGGAGCAGCCGAUGGACUUUCACGCAUUUUUGAACUCCCUUGAUCGGGAGAUCCAAUUUACGUUAACGGCAUCGGCUGACCGGGUACAGUUCUUAGACACUCAGAAAAUGUGUGACAUUCCCUCUCCGAUCUAUGAUGAACUGGAAAACAAAAGCACCAUACCCUUCACUCCAGAAGCAGCCAGAACCGUUUCAGUGUGCUCCCUAACAUAUUCAAUGAAGCCCCUGCAGAGCUCAACGAUUUGCGAAAAAAUCUUGGAAGAGAGUUCUGACACAAUCCCAGCCAUUGCCCCCUCUGAGGAAAAUGCACCAAGUAAGUUUCAAGCACUCAGUACAAUGGUUUCGAAGACCUUUUUUCCUGGAAAAUGGAAAGGAACGGAUACUAAUCGGGUGAAAGAAAGUGAUAAAGCAUUAAGUUCCCAUAUAGGAAAACGUUCAGCUCAAAAAAGGACCCUAUGUUCUGAUAUUGAUACAGCAUGUCCUGUGUCCAGCAAACAAGAAAGGUCAAAUCAAGGACAAAUAGAUACACAAAAGUCUGGAAAAAGCAGACUACCUCUUCUUAAAAAAUAUGCUCCUCUCACUGACGAGGACAAGCUUGGCGACACCAGAAGAAGCCUUGCCACAGAAUUCAACUGUGGUAGAUCUUCCAUGGGUUGUACACCUUCCACACAAGAGACAAAUGUGAAAGAUUUUGAAAUUGUUGCACAACAACAAGCCCCAACCAGCGGUAUGGACAAACUCACUGUCCCUCGUUACAGUCUUCCUAAUACUUCUCCUAGUUCCUGUGUUGUGCCAGAAGCCAACCCACUGCCAACUAAGAAAAACCAAGCAGCAAUUGGAUCAUCAGGAGAGUUUGGCCCAGAAAAUGCAGCAGUAACGGUGGCUGUACGUGUCAGACCUCUGAAUGAUAGAGAAAUCUCAAGUGGACACAAAAGUGUGGUGUCUGUGACCGGACAAAACCUAUUUGUUAAUCAUCCCCGGAGCCAUCAAAAGAUUUCCUUCCAGUACGACUUCUGCUUUUCAUUCCCGCAACCUGGAGACGCAGUACACGACACUCAGGAGAACGUUUACAGACAGGUCGCGCUGCCUCUGUUGUGCAGGGUCUUCCAGGGCUAUAACGCGUGCCUGUUCGCAUAUGGUCAAACCGGAUCUGGGAAGUCUUACACGAUGAUGGGGUAUAAUACAGACAUCGGCAUAAUUCCAAGAUUCUGCCAGGAGCUUUUCUACCACAUAAAUGUAUCAGACCAGGAGGAGGUGGACUAUCAUGUGGAAAUGAGCUAUUUCGAAAUCUACAAUGAGAAAAUUCAUGAUCUCCUGAACUCUCCUAGAGACACCGGACAUAAGAUAGCUCUGAAAGUACGUGAACACCAAACUUACGGCCCAUAUGUCCAUGGUCUUUCCACGUAUGUGGUUGCCUCAUUUACAGAUGUGCAGACUUGGCUGCAGCUGGGCAAUAAACAGAGGGCCACAGCAGCUACAGGAAUGAAUGAUAAAAGCUCUCGAUCACAUUCUGUGUUCACCCUGUCGGUGACGCAAACAAUGAGAGAACUUCUGGAAGGUGAGGUUCACGACCACACCAGAACGAGCAGAGUUAACCUGGUAGACUUGGCUGGAAGUGAACGCUGCAAUUCUGCACAAACUAGUGGUAUUAGACUAAAGGAAGGUGCCAGCAUCAAUAAAUCACUGCUUACUCUGAGCAAAGUCAUAUCUGCUCUUGCAGAGAUGUCAGAUGUCCACAAGAGAAGUUUUAUACCCUACCGAGAAUCUUUACUCACUUGGCUUCUAAAGGAGAGUUUAGGAGGAAAUUCCAAGACUGCCAUGAUUGCUACCAUCAGUCCUGCAUCUGUUAACCUGGAAGAAAGUCUUGGUACUCUUCGGUAUGCUACUAAAGCCAGGAACAUCAUCAAUGUAGCUAGAGUAAAUGAAGACUCUAAUGCUUCUCUUAUUAGAGAGCUGAAAUCUGAGAUUGAGAAGCUCAAAGCUGCUCAGCAGUGUGUCCUUGGGGUUGAUCAGGCCAUAUAUGAGGCCAGCUUGCAAGAGAUAUGUUCUUUGAGAGAACGUUUGUCCUCCCAAGAGAGGCAGCUGACAGAGACUCAGAAAUCCUGGGAGGAAAAACUUAACCUUGCCAAACAUCAGAAAUUGGAAGAAGCAAAAGAACUGCAGAAAGCUGGAGUUUGUUUUAAAGUUGACAACACGCUUCCCAACCUGGUCAAUCUUAAUGAAGAUCCUCAGUUAUCUGAAGUGCUUGUGUACCUAAUAAAGGAUGGUCAGACAAAGAUGGGCAAGCAGCAUCCAGGUUCUGAUCAUGAGAUCCAGCUAGCAGGAGCCCUCAUAGCCAGUGACCAUUGCAUCAUCAAUAACGAGCAUGGCAAGGUGACUCUGAUUCCAAUGCCUGGAGCUGAGACGUUUAUUAAUGGAAACUUGGUUAAAGACUCGGUGGUUUUACAUCAUGGUGACCGAGUGAUUCUCGGUGGAAAUCAUUACUUCCGGUUCAACCACCCCACAGAGGUUCAGAGUAGUCGUCGCACGGUGUGCUUAGGAAGUGCAGGCCAAGAACGAAUCAGAGACUUUGAAUUUGCAAAGAAUGAACUCAUUGAUGCCCAGAAGCAGAGGAUUGAAAAUGAGAUUGACGAUGCAAGGCUGCAGGCACAGACUGAAAUGAUGCAGGAACUUCAAGCGGCAAAAGCACUGGCCCACCUAGAGCUGACUGAGCAGAAAAAGCUUUAUGAGAAUCAGAUCAAACAACUAGAAAAACAGUUGGAAGAAGAACAGACUAGGAAAAAUAGCCUCAGGAGAAACCAGAAAGAAAAGACCUUGAGAAACAGGGAUUAUCUCCCUCCAUCAGGCUCAUCCAUUCAGGUUGGUGAAAUGGAUGUAAAGCCAUAUAAAUUCAUACAGGCGUUAGAGCACGAGAGAGAAUGUCUCACUAAACAAGUGGAAAAAAUGCAGUACAGAGUAAAACAAAGCAUAUCGGCAGAAAAACAGGAACAGUGGACAGCUCUGCAGCUUUCUAUCACUCUUGAAGAAGCAAACGCAAUCAGCAAAAGCACAAAUAAACAGACCAUCUUUUCCAGGUACGAUCCACCUGCUCUGAAUGGAGAAGAAAAGACUGUGUACAUUAAAGUUUCAAACACUAACUUGGGUAUAUCAACUUUGUGGGGACUUGAAAAAUUUGAAGAGAAGUUGGCAGGCAUGAGGGAGUUGUACCAUGGAUUAUUGGACAGUAGUGGUGAUGAACUUUUUUAUGACCCUGCUGAUACCUGGGAGGUAGAACUCGGACAACCAUCUCCGAAAAGAGGAAGAAGUUCACUUUCCCGGCAGACUUCUGGUUUACUUAUUGGAAAAGUGCACACCGAUACCUUUGUCCCGAGUACUAUUUUCUCUGCAGUCUGCAAGAAGCUAGUAACAUCUGAGGUUGAAAUAUUGGGCAAGGAGGACUAUUCUCAAGACUUGGUUCUUCAACUGCUCACUGACCUUUAUGAAAUCUUAUCAUCAAGCAAUGAUGUUAUACAAGCGUAUGAACAACUUGAACUUGGUGACGUGAGCAUCCAGCGACAUCUGAUAACCAUCUCAUCUGCUUUUAACCACAUGAGCGUUUCUGUCCGACUGAUUGAUGGCUUACUCGGUGCUCCAGACACCCAGGCAGCGUACCCCAAACAGGACUUAAUUGCUGAAGUGAAGAAGCUUGGGGGCAGCGUGGCAUUUCUCCUACAUGGCUGUGAAAGUGACAUUACAUCAAUGCUGAAAAAGUCCAAGAAACAGAUUAACCAAUCUAUCACCAUCAUUGCCCGUUUGCUUGGCCAGCUCUCGAUCACUAGGCAACCCAACAUGAGUCCGGAUGAGAAAUGUGGCCUGGAACAGGCAGAGUUCAUCUCUUCUAGCAUAAAAGAGUGUUUCCUCAGCGGAAGUGAAAAUUGCCUCCUAGAACACAUUGAUUUCCUGGUUGGUGAAGUUUACAGUUUAGAAGGGCUUUACGAGAAAGCUUGGUUGGAGAGCCAUAAGUUGGCAGAGGACGUAAGGAAAUGUUUACUGCCCCUCGGACAGUCUUUGAAAGGUUACUUGGACAAAUGCAGACAAUUUUGGCUGCAAUUCCAAUCUAUGAAGUGCCAGAAGCAAGAUUUCACUCAGGAUCUUUCCCUCCACUACUUCUAUAAAGUAAUUGCCCAGCAUCUAAGAAACGUUGUCAUGGAUUGGAAGGAACUUACCGCCAAAUGUAUGCAAUAUAUGACAGAUGGAGCUAUGGACUUUUUGACAAUGAAGCAGGACUUAGACGGCUUUUUCAAAAGUGCUUCUCUGUCAGCCAAAGCCUUUUCCUCUUUGUGCAAGGAGACUGACGACCACCAACAAGACUCCGGCCUGUCACUGGUGAUGAAGGAGAUUGAGGCAGCUGUCCCUGAACUGCAUUCUUCAGCAGGAGAUUUAUUACGGCUAAUUAAGGUGCUGGGAGGUGUUAAUUGUCUUAAUUCCGGGAUGUUACUCAAAACCAACAAUAGGCAAUUGCCUGGGGGUCCUAGAGCUGACCUCGGCAUUCAUAUGUGGGGCAGAAGCAGAGACUCUGUAAGAGUGGCUGUAGCAAAAUGGAACUAUGAAGCCCUUCUGAGGGAAAACAUGAACUUUGAGAGAAAGAAAACACUGUAAUAUGACCAGCUGGAUCAGUGGUGGAUUUGUAGACACUUGGAAGCCUAUAAAAUGCCGUUAAUAUUACAAAUACUCUUGCACUCUUCUUGAUGUAUCAAUGGAAAUGCCUUAAACUAAUACAUUUAAUAUUUAAAAUGGAGAAUGAGACAACCUGUAAAAAGUUGAAAAGGGUAUUUUCAGCCAGGUUCUUGCAGUACUUG